ACAAACAAUAUGUUUACUUUGCCCCAAGGUAAAAUAUCGUUUCUUUUCUACAAAGCUCUACUGCGAGGCGUGGGAGUUGGAGUUGGGCAUAAAGGGGGAAUGGUCUCCUUCUACUCUUGUUGCCCGUUUCCUUCAACAAAAGCCUUCCAAAUCUCCCCUUCUUUCGUCUUCCUCUCCCCUCGAUAUCCUAAAUUACUUCCCUUUACUCUUUCCGGAAUCCUUAGAGCCAGAGCCAGACCCAGUUCCGGUUGCGCCGCCAAGACUCAAGAACCGAUUAGAACCAGCUAUACCGGCGUUCAACUAGAAGAAACCGUCGAUGGGACCAAACAAGGCAAGCUUCGGCUGGAUUCUUGGAUCUCUUCUCGGAUUCAAGGCAUCAGCAGAGCUCGAGUGCAAUCCAGUAUAAAAUCAGGCCUCGUGACGGUCAAUGGCCGCGUUGUCGACAAAGUCUCGCAUGGCCUGAGACAUGGGGAUAAGGUUAAUUGCGUAAUAUCAGAGCUGCAACCAUUGAGAGCAGAACCUGAAGACAUACCGUUGGAUAUAGUUUACGAGGACGACCAUGUUCUUGUCGUUAACAAACCUCCACACAUGGUCGUUCAUCCAGCACCUGGCAAUGCUACUGGAACGCUAGUAAAUGGAAUUCUUCACCAUUGCAGUUUACCCACAGUGGCAUUGUCCGAAAAGGAAGUUCUUUCGGACACAGAGGAUGUUUCUGAUGAUGAUGAAGGUUUCUGUUAUGGCGCAAGUGCGGCAGCUUCUGUUCGGCCAGGGAUUGUACAUAGAUUGGAUAAAGGCACCAGUGGAUUGCUUGUUGUUGCAAAGGAUGAACACUCCCAUUCCCAUUUGUCGGAACAGUUUAAGCAACAUACGAUCCAGAGAGUGUACAUCAGUCUUACUUGUGGGGUGCCUUCACCUUCUGCCGGACGUGUGGACAUUUCAAUCGGUCGUGAUUCAAAUAACCGCGUCCGGAUGAUUGCUGUACCAGGACUAAAUCAUCAUGGACGGGCUCGUCAUGCUGCUAGUAGAUACAAAGUAAUUGAAGUGCUGGCUGGUGGUGGUUCCGCACUGAUUCAGUGGAGAUUGGAAACUGGGCGUACUCAUCAGAUCCGUGCGCAUGCAAAGUACAUGGGAAUUCCUUUAUUGGGCGAUGAGGUGUAUGGAGGGACAAAAAGCAUGGCCUUAUCAUUGCUUCGACCCAGGACUCCCCCUAACUAUAAUGACCAACUUUCACGGCUGGUUUCUAGAUUGGAGAGGCCAUACCUUCAUGCUUUGGUCCUUGGUUUUGAACAUCCACACUCAAGGGAGAUGAUGCACUUUUCAUGCCAACCCCCUCCAGACUUUGCUGAAAUAUUGAGUGAUCUUCGUAAAAUUGGCACAGAGAAGCCUACUUUUAAGGAGUAAUGAGAUGUAUUCUCACGGCCUCAUAAAAAAACUCUUGCAUGAACAUGGAUGUGGAAAAUCAGCCGAUAACUCUUGCUGAGGUUAUGAUCCUAGCAUGUCAUCGACCAUUCCUACAGUUAAAUCGGCGACUCAGGGCUUAAAGAUGCAUAUAUUGAUAAGGAGUUAAUAGGUGUGUCUGAUCACUGAUCAUGUCUCGAGCUAUCAAGUCAAUCUUGCCUCGUCACGGAUAGAAUAUAAGGUCUCUAUCCGAGUGAUGUCCCAUUCUUCCCCCUGAGCUGAGCUAAGGAAUCACCACUUGCGCUUGUUUAAUCUUGAAUGGCUUUAAAGUCAAAACUGUAAUUUAUCAAGUUCGUCUGGACUACUUACAUUGCAGUUUGAUUAUCCAAUUCGUUUUAUACGUUUCUGGACUACUUACAUUUCAGUGAGAGAAUCUGAUUUAGGAA